UUAUCGCGGUAUCAAGAGGAGGGUUUUAAGCUAAUUUCGGUUUUAAAAUAAAUAAAAAAUAGAGAAUUAAAGAGAAUACGUAGCUUAAUGUGGAGCGGAAGAGACGGGGUUUCAAGGGCACGUGUCACUCAAUCACAAUCUCUCUCUCUCACAACCUUCUCGUCUUCUCUCUUUCUCUCUUGGCGACACCGAAGGUGAAACAAUGAUUUCUCGACGACGAUGAUCUCUCCGACUCGUCGACGGCAUCAGCCGGAAUCUCUAUCGGUGGAAUCGUCGCCUCUCCGUCUGUGGUCGACGAAUCUCCGUCUCCACCGGUCUCCUCGGCGAUUCCGCCUCUCUCUCUUUAUCGGUCUCCCUCUCGAUCUCCUCGACGAUUCCGCCUCCCUCUCGAUCUCCUCGACGACUCUGCGUAUCCCUCGCUCUCCACGACGGCUCACUCCACCUUUCUCUCCGGCCUGUGGCUAUCAUCCACGAAAUCAAACCGAAAUCAAAAGCUAAGUUUUUCCCGUUAUACGUCUGAAUCAUUCAUUUUUUUAUUGAUUCGUUUGUUGUGAUGCAUGCGUGUGUUGUGUUUGUUUAUGUCUGAUGAUUAAACUCGGUUAUGUAUCUGUCUUUGUAAUUAUUCAUGCGUCUGAGUUGUUGCUUGUGUUUGUUUGUGUCUCAAUAUGCAAUCGAGACUGUUGGAUAGUUUAUGUCUACUGAUUCAAGAGAUGAUGUUUCAGUAUUUGUUUCUUAAUCUUUCUUGUGUUUUAAUCGUUCUAGUGUUGAUUUGUGUUUCCUUUUCAGAAGAGACAUGAAGUUUCUUCAAAGAAGACGUCUGUGGUUUGGACGGAUGUAGACGCAAUGGCUUUUUGAGAGAAGUCACGGAGUCCACAGAGAUGCUUGGACUGAAGGGAGUCACGGAGUCCACAGAGAGAUGUCAUGUACCAUGUCUUGUAGUGUGCAGGGUCUGUAACGAGUCACGGACCAUGUGUUUGUAUGUGUCAGUAUGUGUUUGUACGUGUCUUGUAUGUGUCACAGAGUCCAUGUUUUUGUUUGUGUCUGUAUGUGUUUGUAUGUGUCGAUGUCUUGUAGUCACGGACAGUAUUUUUGUAGUCACGGACUUUUACCAAACUCAUCUUCUAUUUAUAACAUCAAUCUCAUCUUCUAUUUAUAUCAACCUUCUCUCUCGAAACAUAUACAACGAACUCUUCUUCUCUGCUUUACAACAACAAACUCUUCUUCUCUUCUUAACAACAACAAACUCUUCUUACCAUAUUUAUAUUUUUUCCCCUUAUUAUAAACACCAAAACCAUCUUUAUAAAAACUUUAUAUGGCUUCUUCUUCUCAUGAUGAUGAUGCGUUUGAUGAUGCAUUUGAUGAUGUUUUUGAUGAUGUCUAUGAUCAAUAUUUUGAUCAAGCAUUUGAGAAUUUGACCAUUCGUCGUGAUCAAGAAGAACGAAGAAAGAAAAGAAAAAAACGAGCGUAUAUCGAAAGACAUCGUGAGGAAGGGCAUAUUCGUUUAUGGAAUGAUUAUUUUAGUGAUACUCCAACGUAUCCUGAAAAUUUCUUCCGACGACGUUUUAGAAUGAACAAGUCAUUGUUUAUGCGGAUUGUUGACCGUCUCUCCAACGAAGUUCAAUACUUUCAACAAACGCAAGAUGGUCUCGGAAGGAGCAGUCUCUCUCCCCUUCAAAAGUGUACUGCAGCGAUUCGUGUCUUGGCAUAUGGUUCUGCGGCUGAUGCGGUCGACGAAUACCUCCGGCUCGGUGAAACAACAACUCGGUUAUGCGUGGAAAAUUUCGUCGAAGGGAUUAUAUAUUUGUUUGCCGGUGAGUACCUCAGAAGACCGACACCGGCUGAUCUUCAACGUCUACUUCAUGUUGGAGAGUAUCGAGGAUUUCCCGGAAUGAUUGGAAGCAUCGAUUGUAUGCACUGGGAGUGGAAGAAUUGUCCCACCGCUUGGAAAGGGCAAUAUUCUCGUGGUUCGGGUAAACCAACAAUUGUUUUGGAGGCGGUUGCUUCAUAUGAUCUCUGGAUAUGGCACGCGUUUUUUGGACCUCCAGGUACGUUAAACGAUAUCAAUGUUCUUGAUCGCUCGCCUGUUUUUGAUGACAUUAUAAACGGUAAAGCUCCUCCAGUCACUUUCUCUGUCAAUGGAAGAGAGUAUCAUAUGGGUUACUAUCUCACCGAUGGGAUCUAUCCAAAUUGGGCAACUUUUAUCCAAUCAAUUCCACAACCACAAGGGCCGAAAGCUGUUUUAUUUGCUCAAAAUCAGGAAGCUGUCCGAAAAGAUGUCGAGCGUGCAUUUGGAGUAUUGCAAGCUCGUUUCGCUAUUGUCAAAAAUCCAGCGCUGUUUUGGGACAAAGCCAAAAUUGGGAAGAUUAUGAGAGCGUGUAUCAUACUACAUAAUAUGAUUGUAGAAAACGAAAGAGAUGGAUACAGUCUAUUUAAUGUUGCGGAGUUCCAACAAGUAGAAGACAACGGAACUUCACAAGUCGAUCUCGGUUUUUCACAGGAAAUGCCUACAAAUAUCGCCAAUAUGAUGCAUUCUCGACAAAGAAUUCGUGAUGAACCAACGCAUCACCAACUAAAAGCUGAUUUGGUUGAACAUGUAUGGCAUAAAUUCGGAUCUGAUGAAGACGACAACUGAUGAAGCUUCGUUCCAAUAAUUCUCCUUUAUUUUACUAAUCUUUUUUAUAUUUUAUUUUAAUUCUAUAUUUAAAAUGUUAUGUAUAAUAAUUUUAUUAAUAAAUUUUAAGUUGCCUAAAAUAAUGUUUUUUUUUUAAAAACCCUAAAAUUAGAACCUUGCAAUGGACGCACAUAUUUGAAGAUCUCUUAUUUAGGUUUCUUAAUGUCACUUUUCCAACUUAAUAAUAUUUAAAAAUUAAUUAGCACCCCUAAGUGGGUAUCAAG